GCAAAAAAAAAAAAAAAAAACCCCGACACGCAGAACGAUGCCCCCUCUGGCCGCUGGGUGAACUGCACCCUCGCCGUGUGCUUGGUGGCUGCUUCUUGUUCAUCUCGUCACAUCUUGAUCCGGCGGAGCUGAGCCGGUUCCUCCCGAGCACAGCGGGGCCGAGCCAACACGACCCCGGAGAGCUCCGCGCCACCGGCUUCAGUCAACGGGGAUAUUAGUGCGAUAUGAGCCAGCGGAACACGAUAUUGAAGCUUGCCAGCUAGUGCUGUGUGACCUGGAGGGAGAGCAAAGACAGCAGAGAACAUGGAGCUGUCAGAUGGCUUGUUGCUGCAGGUCAAUAAUGGAGAGCAGUGGUGUAACCGCUGGAAGCAUCCCAAUGAUGACUCGGACCGCAGUACCAGCCCUUCAGUCCUGCGCUGUGUUACCAGCACGUGGAAGGAGGGACUGCUGAACAGAAAGAGGCCCUUUGUAGGCCGCUGCUGUCACUCCUGUUCACCACAGAGCUGGGAGAAGCUGUUCAACCCGAGUAUUCCAUCUCUGGGAUUGCGUAAUGUAAUCUACAUCAAUGAGACCCACACAAGACAGCGGGGCUGGUUGGCGCGCCGACUGAGUUAUGUGUUGUUUGUAAUGGAGAGAGACGUGAACAAGGACAUGUUCACCAGGAACGUGGUGGACAAUGUGCUCAACAACAGCAGGGUGGAGACUGCAAUCGUGGAGGUAGCCACAGAUUUGGAGGCUGCAGCGAGCCAACCUGGGCAGGAGCCUAAAGCUGUUAGCAAAGUGAAGCAGAAAGCCAGGGCCUUCCUCCAGGAGAUGGUGGCCAACAUUUCACCAGCCUUCAUCAGGCUGACAGGCUGGGUUCUACUGAGGCUCUUCAACGGUUUCUUCUGGAGCAUACAGAUCCACAAAGGUCAGCUGGAAAUGGUCAAGAAAGCUGCUACAGAGCAAAAUGUGCCCAUGGUCUUCCUCCCUGUUCACAAAUCUCACAUCGACUACCUGCUCAUCACCUUGAUCCUGUUCUGUCACAACAUCAAAGCUCCACACAUCGCAGCAGGAAACAAUCUGAGCAUCCCCAUCCUCAGCACUCUGAUCCGUAAACUGGGAGGAUUCUUCAUUCGGCGGAAAAUGGAGGAAACGGGAGAUGGAAAGAAAGACAUUUUGUACAGAUCACUCUUAAAUGCAUACACAGAGGAGUUGUUGCGUCAGCAGCAGUUUUUGGAGGUCUACCUGGAGGGUACUCGCUCUCGCAGCGGUAAGCCGUCCACAGCACGUGCAGGCAUGUUGUCCCUUGUGGUAGACGCACUGUGGUCCGGGUCCAUACCUGACGUACUGGUGGUGCCAGUUGGGAUCUCCUACGACCGGAUCCUUGAGGGCAACUACAAUAGUGAGCAGCUGGGAAAACCCAAGAAGAAUGAGAGCUUGUGGGGAAUAGCGUGUGGAGUGUUCCGGAUGCUGAGGAAGAACUACGGGUGUGUGCGGGUUGACUUCAACCAGCCGUUCUCUUUGAAGGAGUACCUGGGUACCCAGAGAAACCGCCAUAUUCCACCCCCAGAGUCCCUGGAACACACCUUGAUGCCCAUCAUUAUUUCUGCACAGCCUGAUGCUCAGCUGUUCGAGCGGCAGGAGGAGCAGCAGCAGAUGAAUAGAGAGCUGCCUGAUGACAUCUUCAGACGUCAACUUAUUAACAACCUGGCCAAGCACGUCCUCUUCACGGCUAAUAAGUCGUCAGCAAUCAUGUCUACCCACAUCGUUGCCUGUCUGCUGCUGUACAGACACAGACAGGGGGUGGUGCUGUCAAAGCUGGUGGAAGACUUCUUCAACAUGAAGGAGGAGAUCCUCUCACGGGACUUUGACCUGGGCUUUUCAGGGAACUCGGAGGACGUGGUCAUGCGUGCCCUCCACCUCCUGGGAAAUUGUGUCAACGUGGCCAGCAGUGCAAAUCGUAAUGGCGAGUUCACGAUCGCACCCAGCCAAACUGUACCAGCGCUGUUCGAGCUCAACUUUUACAGCAAUGGCCUUUUCCACGUCUUCAUUCCUGAUGCAAUCAUUGCCUGUAGCAUCCUGUCACUGCAGCGAGAGCUGGUCGUGGAGUCAGAGUCUGAUCAGCCGUCUGGUGGUCCCUGUGGCCUCCUUCUCAGUCAGGAGAGACUCAUCCGCAAGGCUGCCGGGCUCUCCCACUUCCUUACCAACGAGGUGGCGGUCGCACCUCCCUGUCAGACAAUUUACCAGGUUUUCCAUGAUGCAGUGACCAGGCUGAUCCAGUAUGGAGUUCUCUACGUAGCAGAGGAUGAACAGGAGGAACUGAGCCCCAGCCCCACAGAAGAACCUUGGUCCAAGAAGUUUCCCGAGCCUCUGUCCUGGAGAAGUGACGAGGAGGAUGAGGACAGUGACUUUGGAGAGGAACAGAGAGAUCGCUACCUAAAGGUGAGCGUUUCCGCAGAGCACCAGGACUUCUUCAUCUUCCUCCAGCGGCUGCUCAGCCCUGUGCUGGAGGCGUACAGUGGGGCUGCGAUCUUUGUCCACAGUCUGAGUCAGCCCAUGGCUGAGUCCGAAUACACCCAGAGGCUUUUCAGAUACCUGCUCACCCGCACAGAGAGAGGAGUGGCUGCUUAUGGCGAAAGUGCAACUCAUUACCUUGUUAAAAACACAGUGAGGACAUUCAAAGAGCUCGGGGUUUUGAAGGAGAGAAGAGAGAACAAGGUGACAACUCUGGAGCUGAGCACCACCUUUCUACCUCAGACCAAUCGGAACAAACUCCUGCAGUACAUCUUAGGGUUCACGCUGCUGUGACCAAGACACACCUUCCAGCUCAGACCCCAGGCUCCUUCCACUAAAGGGCUUCUACUGGUUACUUCAAAAACAAUCCCAGGUGCUACUCUGUGGAACACUUUACCAGGAAGUGCCUUCACGCAAAAGCCGCUAACUGUUAGCUGUUAGAUGGAAGAGACUUGAAGCCAGUCUUCCCUUUUUUUUGUCUGUCUGUGACUCCCUGUCUUGGAACUGUGCAGCUGAUGAAAUACACGUGCUGUUACUUUGAAGAGGUACGUCUAGGUACAAUCCCCCUCUUUGUGAACGUUGCCAGUGAAGACGUUUUAAUACUAUCAGAAUUUUAAACCAUCAGAAAAUAUACAGCAGGAUAGUAAACAAACACUUUUACAGCAAUCUGAAUAAAACAAGCUGCCUUUCAUCAUCACAAGUUAACAAGCGAAAUAUGCAUAAAAAUAAUGGUAAACGUAACCAACAACAACAAUAUUUUUAUGUUAACUCUCUGUCUGUAAAACUGCUAUCAUACAGUAGAAAACAAAAUGUAGUUUGAAAGCGUUUUGAAAGUAAAUUCCUGUACAUAGGGCACAAGAGAGAUUUCUCUUGUUUAUAGUGCAUUUAAAUACAUGCACUCUGGCAUCAUCAGUAAUAUAGGUAACUUAAAUAGAGAGAUUUGCUGAACCCUGGGAGAUAUAGUAUCCCUGCUAAAUGCGAACAUAUGCAAAUUUUCAUUCACAAAAAUAUUUGUACAAAUCAAAUCCUCCGUAAUUUAAGUCAUUCUGCACAGUUUAAGAUAUCAAAACAAUAAGCUGCAAAACCAACUCAAAUAUUUAAAAGUAUUUACUCGGCAAAUACAAAAUGUACCUGUUCAAAGGCCUGGUUAGUUCAAGCCUAAGAUCAUGAGUAUCCAUAUUUAAGUGCAUUCAAACAACUAAUAUCUAAGUUACACAUUUCAUCUUGAGUUUUGACGAGGAAUGAUCUUUGUGUUUGUGCAACACAUUUCUUUUCACAUUUCAAUGAAUGUUACAUCACACAGCUCUUAAUAUACUUGAUACCAGCCAUCAAAUCCACUUUCAUUCAAACGUAACAAGCUCAGAAACUCUUUGGUCGUGAUUUUCAGGGACGGACUUCUGCUGAGAGAGCAAUCUCACUCAGACAAUUGUAAGUGCCGUUUGAACAAUAGGUCAGUUCUUUGAGAGUUAGUUAUUAGUGAGAAUGUAUUAGUGUUGUUGAUGUUGUUGUACUGUACUUUGAGUUGUUUACUUUUUAACACAAACUGCCGUGAGAAGCAGUAAAAACAAACAAUAUCCUCAACAGUUUAUUUUCAGAUUUUCAGCACGUUUGUUCUACUUUCUCAAAUUUAUAUUGUAAAAUAUAUAUAUAUAGUUAAACUUAAAACUAUUUGUAUUUCUUUUUUUUUUCUAAAAUGCAUGUUGGAAAGAAUUGUGUCGGGCAUGCUGGGAUUAAAAAGGCGUUGAUGAUGAAAAUCAAAAACACACCUAAACAAGAAUACUCGAGCGCAUACCUCCGCCAAGGCCCCACAGUCCCAUAGAUAUUAGUCCCCCAAAAUAUGCCUGAUUUUUAUAUUCAUCAUGGUCCAAUUCUCUAAAAAAGAAAAAAGAAAAGCUUGCUUUGUAAAAGAAAAAGGAAGAUCUGCCGCAAAUUGAAUGGAUUCUUUCUUGGCUCGCGUACCAUCCUUUCACCAAGUUUUUUGUGGAAAUCCAUUCAAUAGUUUUUGCAUAUUUUUGCCGACCAACAAACAAAUAAAUGGACUGGAGCAAAAGCAUAACCUCCUUGGCGGAGGUAACUACCAAAGUAAAACACGAGUAGAGUUAAAACAUUUCAGUGGAACCUCACAGCACAGCCCCCGUGCAUUUAGCUACAGUAGUUUUGUGUUUUAUUGUAAAAUAAGUUCGUAACACAACGGAACUCUUGUCUUAUGUGUUAACUUGUAAAUCAUGAGCAUAAAGGUUUAAUAUUCGUUGGUGUAUGUGUGUCAUGCAAGGCUGACACCAGAUAAUAAGAAAAGCAGGAUGGCGGGUGUUUGGAAAGCUCAGAGGAAGUCUGGUGAAUCGUCGUGUAGGAACUACUGACCCAAAUCUGUGAUGAGUGAUAAUGUGAAGACAUUGUGAAUGUUAGAAGUCAACAUUCUUCAUCUGUCUGGGCAAUAAGAUAAAAUGAGAAUUGGGUGUCUGAUUUACAUUUAAAUUCAUAUCUACACUGAAAGAGCUGUACGAUUAAUUAAAAUCUUCCCAACUCACAGCGAUAUUUAAUGUUAAACUGCAUAUUUUCAUGCAGUUUGAAUUUGUGUAUGAAAUAACCUGCGAUUAGAAAACGAUGUACUUGUUUGCAGAUUGGUGAAUUUCACUAGUAGCAUGUGGAAGAACAGAAAAGUAUGUGAUUUAAGUGGAAAUGCGAUCAGAGAACAUAAAUAUAAUGUGUCCAUGCUGAACCUCAGCUGAAACUCUGACAUUUAUAGCUUUUCUGAGCCCCACCUGCCCCACACACACUGAGGGGACGCACCGCCAGGACAAAACCACUACUCAGACUGUACUGCAUGUUUCCUCUGGUCGCAUUCUAAUCAUCGACUCUUCAAUGUGAAAUCCACUUAACCUGGGAAUUGUGUUUUACAGUCUAGUGUGUAUUAUGUUUAAGAGCAUAAUAGCUGUUUGUGUAGGAGAUAAAAAAAUGUGUUACCUCUUGAAUGUAUCUCAUCUGUCCCCUGAAAGGUUUGUGUGAUGUUCUAGGAAACUCCAUAGAGUCUGUACAGAUAUGAUAUAGUUUUUAUGAACUGCUCGUGGGGUUUGUUGAGACUGAAGCUUCAUUAACAACAUCCCACUGCAACUACUAUGUACAAAUUUUGUAGAAUUAAAAAAAUCAUGCCUGUAUCUGGGGAGCAGGUGCCUUUUUAAUGCA